GGUGAACCGCGGCGACUCGUUCCGGAGGCGGCGCUCGCGCAGCAACAGCCUGGUGCCGCCCCCGUCGCCGUCGCCGGACGGCCAGAGCUCCGCCGCCGAGGCCGCCGCCGCCGCAGCCGCCGCCGCAGCCGCCCCCGCCGCCACCGAGCGCGGGCCGCCGCCGGCCGUCUGCACGUACCGCGUCGCCAUCCUGGGCGCGCAGGGCGUCGGCAAGUCGGCGCUCAUCUCGCAGUUCAUGACCUCCGAGUGCAUCAACGCGUACGACAGGCAGCGCGAUGUGCCAAAGGAGCAGUCGGUGUUCAUCAUGCUGAACGGCGAGGAGUCCGAGCUGUGCUUCAUCAACAUGACCAACCCGAAGGUGGAGCUGGACCGCCAGGAGCCGCCGGACGCGUUCGUGGUGAUGUACUCUGUGAUCGACAAGGCGAGCUUCCAGCGCGCCGAGGGCGAGCUGGCGCGCCUCGCCGACUGGGAGCUGCUGCGCGCGCGCCCCGCCAUCCUCGUCGGCAACAAGGUCGACCUGGUGCGCAGCCGCGCCGUCUCCUCGCAAGAUGGAAAAUGUCUUGCAUGCACCUACAGGGCAAAGUUCAUAGAAAUUUCUGUGGGAAUCAGCCACAAUGUGGAUGAACUACUAGUCGGCAUUCUCAACCAAAUUCGAUUGAAAAUCCUGCACACAGUCAUUUCUGAGCGUGAAAGCUCAACUCACUGGUAUAAGAGCCGUGGCGUUGUCCGUGCAAGUAUGAAAGCCCGCCAGAUGUUUACGUGGCUGUUUGGAAAAGAAGAUUCCAAGUUCAAAAAUUGUGAGAAUCUCCAUGUUCUUUAAGUUAAUGGGGUAUGAAGUGCAAUAUAAUAUUGUAAAUAAGUUUCAUCUAAGAAUAAAAUAUUUAUAUGUCAUAGUAGACUCUGGUUGUGCUUUUCAUCACCACUAAGAGUUCAUCUGUCUUUCAGAUAUUCAGUUUAGAUUCUUUUUCAGCCUUAAAGCCUAUUUUGUCAGUCCUUGAAUAUUGUUGACAGUUUACAAAGUGGUGAUACACUAUUUGAAUAAAAAAUCUCUGUCAAAAGGUCAACAAAAAAAUUCUUCCAUAUAUUUUGCAAAUGAUGAAAAGUGCUGCCUCAAUUUCAUGAAGAAAUUAAUACAAGAACUUUUGUUAAUAAAAUGAGUGAAAAAAUAGAUGGAUGUAAUUGUACAGAAAAUUUAUACUGCAAGAAUACAUGUUCAAAAUAUAUUUACAGCAUGAUAUAAGUAGCUGACAAGUCCACAAUAGAUGACCAUAAGGUUUAUCUUUGUUUAGUAGAUAGCUAUUGUUGAAUGAAAUGUCAUUCAUAUACUAAAAUACUGAAAAUAGCAUUAAAUUGAGAAGUGGACCAUAUCCCUUUGUGAAGAUUGAAGGCUGGUCCUCAAUACGUUACCUGAGGUCACCUGACCUCAAAGCCACAUUCUAACUGGUGCUGAAGACAUAUAUGCCAAAAUAAGGAGUUCUGAUAAUAUAUACUUGCCUUUCUUACUUUAAGAACUGUAAGCACUAAACAUUUUUGAUAUACUGUAUAUGACACCUAUUAUUUAGAAAGAAAAGACCAUCAUUUUGACUAAAUUUUGAUCACAAACAUUAUCAUAUUUCCACAUAAAAAACAAAUAAAUAAUUAAUAAAAGAAUCCAUAUAUAUGCUGGUCCCUUACAUCACAAUGUAUUUGAAGUGUAGCUUGAAGGAAGAAUAGUAUGUGAGUUCAAAUGAAACCUAACAGUGCCUUUUAGUACAUUUUUAUUACAGUUUAUAACUUAUAGAGUUUGAUUUCUAUUUAGUAAUUUAAUAUAACAAGAGUAAAUAGCCAUUAAAUAAAGUGAGUGGAUAGGAUUUUGUUAGAAAUUAGUGUAUUAUUUUUUAUUCAUUGUGUGCUGAUACAAAAUUAAAAUGAAUUAUGACACUCUGCAAUGAAGUAGCAUGAAGUAAAUAAAAGUGAGUGUACAUUAUUGUGAGAUUGCAUUGUUUGCUUAUUGUGAAAAGAAAGAAACACAUGGAACUGCUCUACAUCCUUCAGCAACAAUAAUAAAGGUGCUAAACAACUAAUAAUUCAUCACUAUUUCAUUAAAAUUAAUUUCUUUGUAACUUUGACAAACUAUUUAGGAAGCUUAAAUACUUAAUUUCUUUAACAUUCUCAUUCAUCUGCUGGUAAAAAGAAUGCUUUUGUGUUAUUCUUCUGAAAGUUUAAUUUUUUAAAUUAUAGAGUCUGCUUCAAACAGUAUAUCCACGCAGUUAGAGUCGCAUUGUCAAUGGUUAUCAAUGAUUAUUAUUUCCAUACAUUCAUCAAUAAAAUUGAGUUCAUGUGUCAUGACAAUACUACAAUUAAUACAAUAUUUAUUCUGGUAUGAUUAUAAUACUAAGAAUGUAUCACAUCUAGUGCUAGAACUAAUAUGUUGUGUCAGAUUUUCAUUAGCGCAGUAAUUUAUCACUUAGUAUUAGGAAUGUAUGGUUAAAUAAAUAAGAGGAGGUCAUAAAUGUAAUGUGCCACACAGUGACCAAUGGCGCAUUAUUGUAACAGUUAUGUACAGAGUGUAAAAGCAGAAACAAUAAAGUUUAUUUCAAAUUUUA